AAAGCCAAACACCAAGCUCUACACAGCCAUGGACAACGUAUGCGGAAAGGACCUUUUCUAGCCAGCUAUGGCCCCUCUCAACUGCGAUACGUCAAUAAUCAAUAGCAAGGCCGAAGAACUAAAGACGGAACCAGAGACUACAAAACUAACGAAAGAAGAAAUUCUUAAAGAACUUCAUAGUAAUUCUUAUUUUUAUCUGUUCCAGGGCCCUCCUAGUCCUAAGGGGAGCAACACUGAAGAACCACAGCCUGAAGAACCACAGCCUGCAGAAUCAGAGAUUGCAGAAUCAAAGACCGCAGAAUCAGAGACUGAAGAAUCAGAGGAUGAAGAAAUUGGUGAAUGUAAGUAUUGUUUAAAGGUGGAUGACCACCAUACAGAACUAUGCUCUUACAUUGAUGAGGUCCCAGAGAACGCAAUUGUUGGCGAGAGUUGUGUGGUUACAUGUCUUGUAUGUGGCUGCUUCUUUAGAGACUCACGUUGUGCUAAUUGUGGCAUAACCCUAGGACGUGCACUUCUCAAGGAUUGUUUUAUAUGUGGGAAGCGAGGUGAACACAUGGAAUUUGAGUGCCCGGAACUCGAGCCGAAUUCUGAUUUUACUUUCGACCCUUAUUCUCGUUCUUUUAUGGUCGAUAUUUGCCCUUAA